GCGUGCGGAGGGAUGGUGGAGCGGGCGCGAUGGCUGCCGCCCCGCCGCCGCCCGCCGAGAUCCAGUUCGCCCAGCGCCUGACGUCCAGCGAGAAGGGGACCCGAGAGCAGGCGGUGAGGAAGCUCCGCAGGUUCAUCGGCGUGAAGACGCAGACGGCGGCAGGAUUCAGUCAAGAGGAAUUACUGAAAAUAUGGAAAGGCCUCUUUUACUGCAUGUGGAUGCAAGAUCAGCCCCUCCUGCAAGAGGAACUAGCCGGUACUAUUUCUCAACUUAUCCAUGUCGUUGUUAACCUGGAAGCUCAGCACUUGUUCAUCCAGACCUUCUGGCAAACCAUGAAUCGGGAAUGGGAUGGCCUGGAGAGGCGGCACCUGGACAAAUUCCACCUGUUAACCCGGGUGGUACUGCGAGAGUCCUUUGAGGUACUGAAGAGAAAUGAUUGGGAAGACAGCCGGAUCAAGUUAUUUCUGGGUGUACUCAUGCAAGAAGUGGUGCACCCUGCGAAUCAUGCUUCCAAUGGAGUGAAAUUCCACUUUAUUGACAUCUACCUUGCUGAAUUGGCGAAAGUGGGAGCGGAGGAGCUCACGGCAGAUCAGAAUCUGAAGUUCAUUGAUCCGUUCUGCAAGAUUACCGCCAAGACUAAGGAUCCAGCCUUGGUGCAGACCAUAGCCCAGGGCAUCUUUGAAGCCAUCGUAGCUCAGUCUCCCUUUGCCGUUGAAGCCGCUGUGGAGGAGCGACAAGCGAAUGGGGACGGCGGGCUGCUGACGGAGGAGGAGGAGGUGCCUAAAAAAACGGCCAGUAGAAAAGCCAAAGCAGACAAAGAUUCCUCGAGGAAAGCCGGGUUAAACGUGGAAGAGGAGCCAAAGGUUCAAGUUGGCAGCUUUGAAAACAGUGGACCUGUACUCCAGUUUAACUAUAAGGCUGUGGCCGACCGGCUGUGUGAAAUGACCAGCAAAAAAAACAUCCCUCCCUUCAACAGGAGGCGGCUCUGCAAACUCAUCAGAAAAUUCCAGGAUCUAGCUGAAGGCAACUCCCCCAGAGACAGUCUCCCUGAAGAUGUUUCUGCCGACGAAGAUGAUGGCAUCUGCAGCCAGGGAAAGCCGAAGAAGAAGGAGGUCGCCCAUCUGGAGAAAGCUAAGAGGGAAAAAGAGAAUGACCGAGACAGAGAGGAGCCGUGCGACCCGGCCAAGGGAGGCCGCGAGGCCGGCCUGCGGAAAAGAAAAAGGAAAAAGAAGAAGCGCAAUGGCAGCCCCCGGCCCAAGGCCUCAGACGUGGAAGCCGCCGUCCCCCCAGAAGCGAAGGGGAGCGGCGAGCCUGCCUCUGAUGGGAGAAAAGGGCAGAAGCGGGAGGCCGAGGCCAGUGAGCCCGGAAGCGGAGUGUCUGGGCUCGGGGGCCGGGACGCUGGCCUCAGCAAGGAGGGCCUCCCGGCAGACACCAGAAGGAAGAGGCCGGAGGAGCACGGUGAGGGGUCCCAGGAAGAGCUGGUGGAGGCCGCGGUGCCCCCUGCUGCCCCCUCCGCCUUGGCAAACGGCGCCGCCCAGGAGCCUGUGCCCAACGGGCCCCCGGCCGUCCAGGUGAAGUCUGCGAGAAAGAAGCAGCGGUUCGCGGCCCUGGCCAUCAACGGCAAUGGCCUUUCUCCACACGUCACAGCCCAGUCCCUGCCGAAGAGAAUGCCGGCGAGUUUGGCCGGGGCCGGCGGCCCCCAGGCUCCCUUGCCCCAGAAAGUCAAGGUCAGGGAAAAAAAGACAAAGCUGGUCUUUCUGGACCCAGUCAUUCCAUGCGGUGAGAAGCCCGGGCUCCUGAAGAAGAGGAAGAAAGCGAAGCGGACCUUAAACUCGGGGGAAACUAAUGGAGGCCUGGAGCCCACUGCCAAGACUAACGAGAGCAGCGGGACUUACGGCCCGGCGAAGAAAGCAAAGCUGAAGACCGAGAAUGAUUUUGUGAAGUUUGAAAGCACAGCGUUACCGAAGCCCGUGUUCUUCAGGAAAGCCAAAAGCAAUGCCAGCAUCUCCUCCCCGACCCCGACCGUUCAGUCAGGCCAGAAGCUGCCGUCCACCUCCAAAAAGGUCACCUUUGGCCUAAACAAGAACAUGACUGCUGAAUUCAGGAAGACCGACAAGAGUAUCCUGGUGAGUCCUUCUGGACCCUCCAGAGUGGCUUUUAAUCCCAAGAGGAAGCCUCUCCACGGAGUGCUGAAGACCCCUACAGGUUCACCUUCAGAAACUCCCCUAAUGAAUAAGAAAUCACUCUUCCCUCCUCAGAGAAGACCAACUGCAAUGGACUUCUUUUAAGCAUAGCAGUGUUCCUCUCCGUCUCUUGGGACGAUUUCUUUUUGUACAGAAGACUCUGUAAAUUAUGACUUUGAAAUUUUGGGCCCUUUAUAUUAUUGUUAUUUUAUAAAUUGCUAUAUAUUGUACAUAAACGGUCUGGUUUUACUCUGUGACACUGCUGUGUUACUAUCUCUUCUCUAGGGUCAUUGAGACAUCACGUUGCAUCGGUCGCUCGGACCCUCGGGGAUUUGCAUUUGUGAGCGUGUGCGUGUGGGCGCUGUUGCCUGACACGCAUCCUGUCUCUUGUCGGUAACAUAGUCGAUCCUGGCACGGACUCACCGGGCAGCACAAGCGCAUUUAUUCACUUCCCAAAGGGAGGGCGACAAGUCUCUUCUGGGCCCGACCAGCAACUGACUGCCUGAACUCCCCAUCCUUAGCGCUUUCUUCCCUCUCCCCAUAGGUGGGGCCCAGAUCGUCGGGCCCUGUCCCGUCCUCCCUCCCAUCCUGCUUGCCCUGCCCUGUACCACCCCAACCCCUACUGAGCACGUCCGGUGGCAUCUUCUCUUUUUUUCUACCGUUCCCAUAGUUCAUCUUGUGGCUUCGUCACUAGCUGAGGUAGCCUCUCUGUCACUUUCUGUGGUGAAGUUGGCGGUUGAGUUUCCAACUGUUCUGUCUUUUCCUGAUACUCAUUCGUCACGGGCAAGUCCCUGAUGCCAACGUCGCAUUUUUAAGAGAGCACAUCGAUGGGCAUAAUUUGCAUUUUUGAGGUGGUGUUUCAGUGGGAAACAGUGGGGGGGGCGGGGCAGGCAUUGGAGGGUGUUCGAACCCCCAUAUGUAUGGUACACUCGUCCUUGAAAAUUGAGAUGAGCAAAAGCCAGAAUCAGAAUACGACAGUAAAUGUCGCCAACGGUCCAAACGUACAAUGUAAUGACAAAGUAGAGUCUUGCCUACAAAAGGUUGUUUAUUGAUGGCAAGAUAUAGGUGACAUUCUGGGUGGUAUCGAGUGAUGGUGAAUUGAUGAAGGAUCUCUGAAUCAUGGAGUUUAUGGUGAUGAAGUGUCUCUGAAUCGUGAAGUUUAUGCAACAUUGUUGAUGCUGUAACGUCUCCUAAGCUAAAACUAUCUCCUGGAAAGCGUAGAGCAAGUAUUAACUCCAGAGUUCAUGUUUCAUCCUCCAGUGUCUUGCUUUGCACAGCCUCCUCAAGUGCACAAUUGGCUAUGCUAGAACAAGAGGCUUCUGUAUGUUUGUGUAAAUAGAGCCUUUUAAAAAGUCUAGGAAUAGGUUCCAGUGCACCGCUACUUAACUGCUGUGUGGGGAAUACUGACCGAUGGAUUUCUGGCUCUAAUUGGGCUCUGGAUUUUUUUGAAAUAUACCUCUGGUGUCGCUUUUCUCAAAGGAGCCUGUUACUAAUUUCUUUCAGUCUUUGGACUACACCGUAAUAUUUUUGUGCAUGUCCAUAAAUCAAAUCUUUUCUCUUUGCUCUGUUUCCCUUCAUUCCUGCAUCGACUUCCUGAGCUCUGGUUACCAUCUGCUCCACAUCCUUAAGCUGCUAAGAAAGAGCCAAAGCCAACUUUCUGACCGCUACCAUCAUCGAUGGUAUUUAGUGGUCCCUUACUGUGUACAGAGCACUGAAAUGAGUGCUUGGGAGAGUUCAAUUGUACUUUUAAUUGUGGUCUCCAUAUCCCGCCAUUUCCACCCUGCAGCCCCUUUUGGACUGAAUUCAUAGGGCAUCAUCUGUGCUGGUGGGCACAGCCCUCUUCCUCUACCCUCUUUCCUCUGCAGUUUCGUUUUACGUCACUUUCCCUUAAUGACCUGAACACUCAAGCCCAAGAUUUGGCCAUCCCUGGAAGGAAUGGAGUUUACUCUUCUACACUGUUCAAGCAAGAGGCUUCUGGAAAAGCAUAGCUGUUGGUUACCAAGGAAGCCGGGCAGGCUGGAUCUGUGCCUCAGGAUCAGUGAGGUACAGGUCCAAUAUACUUCUGUCCUCCGGUGGCCACAGGUUUAUCCGGAAACCAAAAUGGAUUCCGCGAAAGUUUCGCUGCGUUCAGCUUUGUCUUAAUUUGCCUCCUACUGGUUUUUUUGUUGGCUUUGUUUUUUUGAAACUCCUGGGUUUGAGAAGCGGGCAGGCCUCAAGAAGCAAGCAGCUUUGGGGAGCCUGUGUGCGUCAGUUAACUUUACAUUGUCACCCCUAGUUUUUUUCUAAAAACCUUAAGUCUCAAAUGCUAGUCACUUUUAGAAAGUUAAAUCUUAUCUAAAGAUUUCAUUUGCUCAAAGGACGCUAGUCCUUUGCUCUCGGGAAACCAAGUCUGUGAUGUGCUCACAUAGUAGGGAAAGGCUAACUCUGCCUCGGGCCUCAGGGUUUCAAUGAGCUAUGGCUUCAGAAUGGGACUUCUUGCAUUCCCUUCUGGCAGUCUGAGGAUUCUCCAGCCCGCAAGGCCUAACUCCUCGUCUUGAGAGCUGUUAAAAAUAGCAGAUGGUUGUCAGCCUUCCGUGGAGCGCCGCAGAGUGACUAUUUUCUCAUUCAGCCACCCUGUGGGAAUCAUAUGCCACAUAACUCCCUAAGUGACAGAAUUCUUCUGCAGUCUCUACAGAACCCAACGGUUUUCUGAAAUUCCCCAUCGCGUUUGGGUAAUUGCCAGUGGAUACUGCUGUUGAGAUGCCUGGCAAACUUGGCAGACAAGUGAUUUUGAAAAAUCUUUUAUUUUGUUGCUUUUCACGCGACUGUCAAAAUGAGGCGCUUUCCUGUUUUUGUCUUUUUGAAUUUCAUGAUAAAUGCCGGCAGUGGGGGAUUUUAACCUCAGAGUCUGGCGAAGACACCAUCAUCAAAUGAUGCAUGUGUAUUAUUUGGUUUCAUGUAAGGAAGUGAUUAGUAAAGAGGGGAAACCUUUUGGGUCUUGAUAGACACUUGCUUUGCCUGGUGAAGAUUUAAGCUGAUGAGACCCCAGAGGAAAGAAUGAGUUAAUACUGCUAAUCUUGCCCAUUGAUACAAGUACGUUUUUUAUUGUAAAUGCAUGGUUUGAAAUGCAUUCCAUUUGAGAUACAAUUUGGGUAUAGAUACAUUCACAGUUUGACUGUUCUAUGAGAGGUAGAAUUUGAGGUUCAACUGUUGAAAGUUAAAAAAAAAAAAAAAACUUUUAUCAUUUGUAAUCUUGACCUCUUGAAAUCCCGCAAAUUGUGUCUUUGAAAUCUAUCUUUCAUUCAGCACUUGAGUCCAGGGUCUCACCAGCGUACCUGCUGUGUAAACCCUUUGUAAACCCAAAGAUGCUAAUAUGCGCAGGAGGUUCUGAGGCAAAGAGGGGGCCGUUAGCCACCAGUGAAUAGUAAUGCCCAGAAGUUGUCCAUGCUGUAUCUGUACUUUCCCUGGUGUGACGUGGUAGAAAUGGCCCCGGGUCCAAUACACAUUCUUGGUCUCGAGUGGUAGCAGUUGUGUCCAGAGACCAAGUGGGAAACCAGGCCAUUCGUCUCCAUCCGUCUGGACUUGCUCCCUAUUGUGUGUACUUGGUUCUUUGGCAAGGAGAUGCCCUAAAGAAUGGCCGCCAAGAAAGGGGAGACGUAUACACAUAGGGAAGAAAUGUUUUUGCAUAAAGUUGGGUCUGUUUUAAAAGUUAGUGAUGGUUGUUCUCCUUUUUCUACCUAAAACCAGAGUUUUUAAAAACAAAUGUCCCUGAAAGGUGUGGGAUUCCAUUAUUUCUGGUUUUAAAAAAGAUGAAAAACACAGUAAGGGCUUGUUAAAUGUUUUAUCGUUUUCUGCUGGAAAACAAGCACCUAACCUGGGGAAAGACAAGUGGGUGGAGGAGACUUGCUAAAGAGCCUAACUGCCUCUGCCACACAUGUGUACACACCCCCUUUUCCCCCUUUUCUCCACCUCCCAGCCCCACCCAAAGCCCCCCAGGGCUGGGCAGAGCCCCAUAAUAAUCACUCACCCCCUAGCUCCCAACCAGGGCAGACCCCAGAAGUUGCUCAGCCCAGGGCCCUGUUUUGUAACCAAAAAGCCCUGGCUAGGUCUGCCAAGUAUGUUAGAAGCUCCAAACGUACGAAGUUCUGGGAGUUGAUUCGAAAUGCUGUAUUUUGUGUAAAAAGAAGUUAACUUUACGCGGGUCUGGUCAGUUUUGUACAAUUUUGUAUCAGAUGUCUAAAGAUUUAUUAAUGUUUGUAACUUUCAAUAGAGUAAAAGCACAAAAAAUAGCAGAAUGGGAAAGUUAAGGGGUUUGGGAGGGAUUUUUUUGCAUUGGAGUUUUUGAUCUUGGAACGUUAUAAAAUUGGAUUUAAUCUA